UGAAAGGGAAAGGAAAACAGAAGCGCGUGUGACGCGUUCCCUCCCGUGCGUCUGCGCGAGCGACAGGGAAACAAGGAAGGGGAUGAGCUCCGCCGCCGUCUCCUCGUCGGCGUCGCCGGUGCCGCCGGAGGACGACGUCUGCUCCGUAUGCCACGACCGCUUCCGGAUCCCCUGCCAGGCCAACUGCUCCCACUGGUUCUGCGGAGAGUGCAUCAUCCGUGUUUGGAACCAUGGAGCUGCUGUACAGCCUUGCAAGUGCCCCAUUUGCCGCCGCCUUAUAAAUCUUCUGGUACCUGCUAAUGUAUCAGACGAUCAGAAUGAUGAUCCCCAACUUCAGCGUGUUUUGGGAGAGAUUCAGCACUACAAUCACAUAUUCGGUGGAGCACCACGCAGCCUAACCCAGAGGCUGCAAGACCUACCAUUUUUCAUACGAAGACUGUUCAGAGAACUAAUGGAUCCCCAGAGGACCCUCCCACUUGUCUUCAGGGCGAGGAUGAUUCUGAUGGUGAUCUUGAGCGGAGUCUAUGUCCUGAGCCCAGUCGACAUCCUUCCUGAAAGUGUGCUGGGGCUGUUUGGGUUCUUUGACGACUUCCUCAUCCUGGUGAUCGUGUUCCUCCACCUCGCCGCCGUGUACCGGUCGCUGCUCCUGUACCGCCACGGCGGCCACUGAACUGUGCGGUCGGUGCGCCGUUGAUGAUGCGUAGCCGUGGUUGUAUGUAUUCCCACGCUGGUGGUGAUUCGAGAUCUGGUUUGUGCGGGAAAUGUUUCCCUGUGUUAGCGAGAGUGGAGCGGCCUUAUUUCGGUUUGCUGGGUGGAUCAUGGAUGAUGGACAAACACUCUGUACUUUAGCUCAUUGUCACUGCUAGUUCAUUUCAAGAAAAAAAAAGGAAAAGCAACAUGAAGUUUCUUAUUCU